AUGGACUUUCUCUGUGUUCUUACCCUUUCUCUUAUUUUAUAUCUAUUCCCUCUUCAUCUCACAACAGCAUCCUCUAUUGCGUUAAAACAAGGAAUAUCUCUUGACGAUAUACGGACGCUGGAAAACUGGGUUGAUUCAAAGACAUUUCAGAAUCAUUACCGGCGGGAACACUUAUCGACAGUGGAUUUUACCAACCAAGUACUGGGAACAGAUCUACCAAUGGUUCAGCUUGAUGAAGGCUCUAACAAUGAUGAAGAAAACCAGGAGUUUUUCGAUGCUACUGAAGGUUUUUGGUGUUUCUUACGCUGGAGUAGCAAUUUAUGUUUAUUGUUCUAUGUUCGAAGGUCUCAAUACAUUCUUGAGAGAAAUUUAUUUCGAUCUUGA